AUGAAUGAAGAAAAUUCUAUUAAAAAUAUCAAUAUUAAUCAUAAAUCAAUAACUGAACAUGUUAAUAAUAAUAAUCAUUUAUUAUCAAAUGAAUUAUCAUUAGAAUUAUUACAUCAUCUUAUAAAUUAUUAUAUAAAACAAAAUUAUUCUAAAAAUAAUAUUGAUUUUAUUCAAUUUAUUAUAUCUAAUUGGAAUAUAUUCAAUGAACAAUAUAAAUUAAUUAUUAUAAAAACUUUAUUAAAUUAUAUUAAAUUAUCUACAUCAAAUGAUAAUUUAUCAAUGAUAUAUGAUCAAUUAAUGAAUCAUAAUUCAAUAAAUAUUAAUACUAUUAAUAAUGAUCAAGAUUGGUCUAAUCUAUGUACAUUGAAUCAUUAUGAAUAUAAUUAUAAUGAUAAUAAAGAUGUUUAUCAUAUAACUACUAAUAAUGAACCUAUUCAUAAUAAUAAUAAUAAUAAUAAUAAUUCAGUAUUGAAUAUAGAAUCACAAUCAAUUGAAGGGAAUAUGAAUCGUAUAAUGAGAAAUUUACAAGUUAAUAAUCAUAAUAAUAAUAAUAGUUCAUGUUUAUUCCCAUCGAAACCACCAUAUUCUUAUAUUGCAUUAAUUGCUAUGGCAAUAAAAUAUGCACCAGGACAAAAAAUCACUUUAAAUGGAAUUUAUCGAUUUAUCAUGGAACAUUUUCCAUAUUAUCGUGAUAAUCGUCAAGGUUGGCAAAAUUCCAUAAGACAUAAUCUUAGUUUAAAUGAUUGUUUUAUUAAAUUACCACGUGAUAAAAGUCGACCAGGAAAAGGGAAUUAUUGGACAUUGUCUACGAAUGCCGAUGAAAUGUUUGAACAUGGAAAUUAUCGACGCCGAAAACGACGUACAAAAUCUUCUACAUUCAUUACACCAUCCUCUUCGUCAUCAUCAUCAUCAUCACCACCACCACUCUUAUCAUCAUCAACAGGGUCAAAUUUGUCAACGUCAGUAUAUACGGCAACAACAUCAGACAAUGCAUCAUUAUCAUCGAUAUCGAAACUAGCAAAAUUUAUGAAAUUAUCUAAUGAAUCUCAAAUACCAACAGAAUCCGAUAUUUAUUCGUCUACUUCGUCGUUUUCUUCCUCUUCUCCUUCAUCUUCUUGUUCCAUAUCAUCAUUCACUUCCGCAUCUGUCUCUUCUACCUCCUCCUCCGCUCCUUCUUCUUCUUCUUCUUCUUCUAUUUCAUUUUCAUCAUCAAGAGAAUCUUAUUCAUCAAAAAUUAUAAAUGAUCCAAGUAUACAACAUUCAUCAUUGUCUCAAUGUUUCUAUACACCACAGAUGUAUAAAUCAUCGUCAUCAUCAGUCAAUAUAAUAGACGAUUGUAUAUAUUCUAAACAUCGUUAUUAUUUAGAUAAUCCUUCGACAAAUCCAUUUUUACAUAAUAAAUUCAAUAUAAAUGAUCAACAUUCAACAUUAUGGCCUACUCAUCAUAAUAAUAUACAUGAUUGUGAACAUCAACAAUUCACAAUGCAGAACAAUAAUAAUAAUAAUACUCCAUUAAAUAUGGAUUUAUAUACAACUAGUUUCAAUGAUAAUCAUAUAAUGAAUCAAAAUAAAUUAUUAUCCAAUAGAAAUCAAUUCGUCACUGAAUAUUAUUCAUCGACGACAACAGCGUCAUCAUCAUCAUCAUCAUCAUCGUCGUCGUCGUCAUCAUCAUCAACAUUAUCAUCACCAUUCAACAACUGUUUACAUUCAUCUACAUCUAAUAAUAAUGAUAAUAAUACUAGUAAUAGUAAUGGUAAUAAUAAUCAUAAUAAUCUCAUCAAUUGUCUGCCAAAUUUUUCCAUUCAAUCAAUAAUUGGCAGUAAUACUGUAGAUAAACAAAAUACAUCCAUUCAAAGCAUUCAACUUGUUUCUCUCAUACAACCUUCUCUUUGGUUAUCAUCAUCAUCAUCAUCAUCAUCAUCAUCAUCAUCAUCAUCAUCAUCAUCAUCAUCAUCAUCAUCAUCAUCAUCAUCAUCAUCAUCAUCAUCAUCAUCAUCAUCAUCAUCAUCAUCAUCAUCAUCAUCAUCAUCAUCAUCAUCAUCAUCAUCAUCAUCAUCAUCAUCAUCAUCAUCAUCAUCAUCAUCAUCAUCAUCAUCAUCAUCAUCAUCAUCAUCAUCAUCAUCAUCAUCAUCAUCAUCAUCAUCAUCAUCAUCAUCAUCAUCAUCAUCAUCAUCAUCAUCAUCAUCAUCAUCAUCAUCAUCAUCAUCAUCAUCAUCAUCAUCAUCAUCAUCAUCAUCAUCAUCAUCAUCAUCAUCAUCAUCAUCAUCAUCAUCAUCAUCAUCCUCAUCAUCAUCAUCAUCAUCAUCAUCAUCAUCAUCAUCAUCAUCAUCAUCAUCAUCAUCAUCAUCAUCAUCAUCAUCAUCAUCAUCAUCAUCAUCAUCAUCAUCAUCAUCAUCAUCAUCAUCAUCAUCAUCAUCUUCUUCUUCUUCUUCUUCUUCUUCUUCUUCUUCUUCUUUUAGACUUUGUUGUCUGUUUUCGUUGUUGCUGUUGUUGUCAUUGUUAUUACCAAUUAAGUAG